GGAUCCAUGGUGGGAGUGUUGUGGAGAGGGAUCGGAGGUGGAUGACUACGGCUAUGGCCGGGGCACUGGAUUUUAUAGCAAUGGUGGGCGAAAGAGGGUCGGACGGGUGGCGCAGGAGGAGACACAUCGGCAACCGGGUGCCAUCAAUGUUGGUGACAGGCGGACAGACUGGCAGUCGUCGUGACGUUUGAACGUGCAACAGUCGCUUGCACCAGGAAGCAGCGCGGGCGGUGCUCUCUCGACCAACGUGCCGCUUCAAUACCGGCAUCGGUAAGCGGUCACAUCCGCUCUGGCCGGGCAUGAAUGCAGGCACUGGCACUCUGGAGCGGCCUAACCAAAAACGCACAGGAGGGGAAGGGUUGUUUGGUGGGCCAGGGCGACUAGAAGCGGGUAUGGCAUCGGUCCGGACUCCUGCAAACCUCCUCACGUCUGUCUUCAGUUUGUGGGAGAAAACGCGUCCGGACCAGGUGACGGACGAAUACAGGACCACGUUUGAUGGCUUCCGCUGUACGGACAGCACGAUCCGGACGGUUGCGUGGGUUUGAGGAUCAGAGUUGGAGAUGCUCUAAUAUUCAGAUAGUCUAUAAAACAGAGACUGUCCCAACCAACACCGAUGACUUAGUCUUUUUUUUUCUUUAGAAACUCGCCAUUGUUAGAAGCAAGCCAUCUAACUAUGUGAGGGUUUGUACAAGUUCAGUUUCUUCACCUUCAUUCCAAAGCAUAUGAGUUUGUCCAUAGUAUAUGGUUCUCCUAAUUUAAUAUUCCUCCGUCCCAUAUUAUUUAUAUUAAUUUUCAUUGGUUUAGUACUGUUCUAAACCAGCGAAAACUAAUAUGUGGCGGAGGGAGUAUUAUUGAACCCAUGUUCUGUCACAUUAGCAAUAGAAACAUUUCUGUCAAAGCAUAUGUUACAAAGUCUAGAGUAGGAUUGAGCAAGUGGUCUAUCUCCCACCCACCGGUCCUCUCAAAAACUUGUGCUUUGACUAUUUUUUUAAGGAUUAGCCCAGUCUUUGCAUCAGCAUGAUGCACACAGUCAUCUUUAUUAAUUAUUCAUCAGAGCUUAACAAAAUGAAUACAAGAAUCAAUCCGUAGCCACCUUCUAGGCGAACAAAAUCGCCACACCUACAAGUAUACAGAUGUGCCAUGUCCACAUAACAGACACUAUCUAAUAUGUUGGCCUAAAGCCCAGUCGGUCUAUGCGUCCAUAACGUGCACCACGUGCGCAUUAGGAUCCACCGCCACCAUCUUCCGCCGUCCAGUAUUCAGGAGGAAUCACUGCAUAAAUCUUGCCAGUCACAUCUACCAUCGACGCCAUCACGACGCCACACAGUGCCAUUUUAGACCUUCCAUCAAUGGAGAUAUCAAUGGAGACAACAUCUUCCUUACUGCAGAUUGGAUGGAAGAUUAUUUGAAAGAUGAAAAAGAGAAGAUUGACAAACCAACUCCAAGCCAAACAAAUACUUCACCAAGACCGUCAAUGGGAACAUGUAUGGGUAAUCGCAAUAAAAAGAUCAAAGAGAAGAGGGCCCAACAAGCAAAAGAAGCACAUGCAGAAAAGAAGAUGAAAGAAGCUCAGGAAACUGCAAGCCGGCUUAAAGAAAAGGCUGGUGAAACAUUGGCCAUCCUGUCUAGUGAUUCAGAGGCUAUCAAGAGCUUCACAGGUUGCGAUGAUGAUAUCCAUCGUCUUACUGAAUUGCUUGACUGCAAUAUCAAGACCAUCAAAUGCAAAAUAAAUACAACGGAUACUGUGGAAAUAGAUAUCAACACGGGCUGUCGUAUUAGUGUAGGAGUCAUCUUGAAGAAUUUGAGCAACUACGUCAAGGCACCAACCUUACGGAAGGUAUUCGAACAAUUGCUUCCAGUAGAACAAGACCAGCCUUUCACUUCAGGGACCCCCAACAAGCAGCGUGGGGAUAGGAUGCUGCAAGCGGAGCUGUUAUCGCUCGUUGCGGCGAUUCGUGCAAACAACAAUCUUAAUCUUGCAGGAAUCUUACUUUCGCAGACGCCGCCGGAUACCUUGGAAGACUUUGUGGUGAGGCUGAAGAAGAUGGUCAAGGACAACAUGUAUGCCACCCCUGCAUGCCUGGCGAUACAAAAGCUUACUUGUGAGCUGGUUAUAGAAUUCAUCAAGCAUGAUCGAAACGUCGAAAGGAUCGACAGACACAAUAUUGUUGCAACAUUACUGGAGGCUUCAGAGGUGAUGGACUGUGUUGAGAGCGACAUGCUUUUCGCUGGUGUCGAUCGUGACUGCUAUGGGGUUCCUCUGAAGCCUCUUUCUUCUGUUCUGGCAAAAAAUGCCGAAGAUCUUUUGGCGCAGAGGAAACAGGCUCUGGGUAUCAACAUUGUGCCUGCCAGUGCACCAAUACCGUGAUUGCUGCAUAACACAGUAUCUUUGCAUGUUACAAACACUGGAACGGGCAUUGAAUUCUUGAUGCGAUGUAUGCUUGUUGUUUUUUCUUCUUUUGUUUCCUUUGCGGAUUUGAGGCUUUGUAAUAUUAACUGGUACAGUGGGCAUCAACAUUGCACCUGCUGGUGUAUCAAUUCAGCUUGGAGCUGCCAACUAAUGUCCUGCUGAAUGUUUAUGCAGUUCUCCCUCGUG